CGCACGGGGCGAGCCCCCGCCGGCCAUGGCCUCGGCGCCCCGGCUGGCGCUGCUGGCCGCCGCCCUGCUCUGCGCCCCGGUGAGGGGUGACAGGGAGCCCCCAGAUCCCGUGUUCCUGCCGGUGGAGCUGGAGGUCCUUGGGGUGCCCGAGUCCUACCGGCUGCAGAGGGUGGAUCAGGACGUGGCCCCCAACUCUUCCUUGCACACCCGCUCCGAGACGUUCCUGCUGCUCCGUGCCGGAUCCCAGCCCCUGUUCCAGGCCACCUACCCCCCGUUCAGCAUUCGCCAGGAGGUGCCCACGGAGAGCGCUCCCAGCUCAGCUUGGGCCGUCCGUGCUGUGUCCCUGGAGAGCUCUGUGUCCCCUGCUGAGCCCGUGGCCCGUGUUCUCUUCCACCUGUAUGGGCCCGACUGGAUGCCUGGGAAGCAGGAUCAUGCCGGGGCCCGGAAUCAUCCCAAGGACUGGGACCAUCCUGGGCUCUGGGAUCACCCUGAUGUCCGGGACCACCCUGGGGGUCAGGGUCACCCCAGGAACUGGGAUCAUCCCAGGGAGCAGGACCACCCUGGGGUCCGGGAUCACCCCAGGAACUGGGAUCACCCUGGAGAUCAUGACCGCCCCAGGGACCAGGACCACCCCGAGCAGCAGGAUCACCAUGGAGUCCGGGAUCACCCCAAGGACCGGCACCACCCUGGGAUCCACGAUCACCCCAAGUACUGGGACCACCUCAAGGACCAGGACCACCAUGAGCAGCAGGACCACCCUGGGAACUGGGAUUCUUCAAGGGAUUGGCAUCACUCCAGAGCUCAGGAUCUCCCCUGUGCCACCCUCCACGCUCAUCACCGCGGGCGGGUGGCCCGGGGGACAUG